GAAAAUAGAUAAUAAUAAUGAAACUCUGACAGCAAAGUUUUCCCCUCUCAGUCUCACAGUCUCGUGCUUGAACCUUAAUUAUUGGAGAACUGUAAUUACAGUUCCUACCUGCUUUCUCUCCAGAUUACAGUCACUGUUCUCUCACUCUUACCUCUGUUUUCCGUCCAUUUUCUCUGCCUCUCUCUAUACUUUGGUCGAAACACCCAGAGAAAUCCAGCUUGAAGAAGCCCUGUUGGUUCGGGAAAGCAAAAUGGGUUUUCUGGUUUGGUUUAUCUUGGCACUUGCAGCAACAACCCUUUUAAGCACCUGUACUCUUGCUUUGAGCGAAGAUGGCAAAACAUUGUUGGAAAUCAAAGGGGCUUUCAACGACAGUCGGAGUUUCCUAAAAAACUGGAGAGCUUCUGAUUUCAACCCAUGCAACUGGACCGGUAUUUCUUGCCAUCCUGAUGACCAACGAGUCAGUUCAAUAAACCUACCCUACAUGCAACUUGGAGGAAUCCUAUCACCAAGCAUUAGCAAGCUCAGUAGGUUGCGGAGACUGGCACUUCACCAGAACAGCUUACAUGGAUCAAUUCCUACUGAAAUUGUUAACUGUACUGAGCUCAGAGCACUAUACUUGAGGGCCAAUUACCUCCAAGGAAGUAUUCCACCAGAACUUGGAAAUCUUUCCCAUCUCACCAUAUUAGACCUAUCUAGCAAUUCGCUGAAGGGAUCCAUACCAUCUUCUAUUGGCCAUCUCACACAUUUACGUUUUCUGAACUUAUCCACCAAUUUCUUUUCUGGAGAAAUUCCAAAUUUUGGAGUACUGGGCACCUUUGGUAAAAAGUCGUUUAUUGGAAAUUUAGAUCUGUGCGGCAAGCAAGUUAAGAAGCCAUGUCUAAGUUCAUUGGGAUUCCCUGCAGUACUACCAAAUGCAGAUACUGAUGAACCACCAGCUGCAGUCCCUACUAAACGAUUUCCUCAUUUCCUCAAUGGAAUCCUUAUUGGUGCCAUGUCUGCAAUGGGUCUAGCACUUGUUCUACUACUUGCUUUCCUUUGGAUAUGUUUACUUUCAAAGAAAGAAAGAGUUGCCAAGAAAUAUACAGAAGUCAAUAAACAAACUGAUCAGGAUUCAGGUACCAAGCUCAUCACAUUCCAUGGGGAUCUUCCAUAUUCCUCCUGUGAACUCAUAGAAAAGCUGGAGUCACUUGGUGAAGAAGAUGUGCUGGGAUCGGGGGGAUUUGGCACUGUAUACAAGAUGGUGAUGAAUGAUGGUAGCAUAUUUGCUGUUAAAAGGAUUGACCAUAGGCGUGAAGGAUCUGAUAAAAUUUUUGAGAGAGAGCUCGAGAUCUUGGGAAGCAUAAAGCAUAUUAAUCUUGUCAAUCUACGUGGCUACUGCAGGCUUCCAACUGUAAAGCUUCUCAUAUAUGAUUACGUAACCUUGGGCAGCCUAGAUCACUUCCUUCAUGAGUAUAGGCAAGAAAAGCAACCUCUGAACUGGAAUUCUCGGUUAAGAAUUGCUCUUGGUUCUGCUCGAGGACUGGCAUAUUUACACCAUGACUGUUGUCCACGGAUAGUUCAUCGUGACAUAAAAUCCAGUAACAUACUCCUGGAUGAAAAUCUGGAGCCUCAUGUUUCUGACUUUGGCCUUGCUGAACUGUUGGUUGAUGAGGAUGACCAUGUCACCACUGUGGUUGCUGGCACUUUUGGUUAUUUAGCACCAGAAUAUCUACAGAGUGGACGAGCAACUGAGAAAUCAGACGUUUAUAGUUUUGGGGUUCUAUUAUUAGAGCUUGUUACAGGAAAGAGGCCUACUGACGCAUCUUUCGUCAAGAGGGGAUUAAAUAUUGUUGGCUGGAUGAAUACUCUUGUCAGAGAAAGACGAUUGGAAGAUGUUGUGGAUGGAAGGUGCAGUGAUGCAGAUAUGGAGACUGUGGAAGUGGUCCUAGAUAUUGCCGCAAGAUGCACCGAUGCAAACCCAGAUGCUCGCCCAUCUAUGAGCGAGGUCUUGCAGAUACUAGAAGAGGAGGUCAUGUCACCUUGCCCAAGUGAAUUUUAUGAGUCUCAUUCAGAUUGCUCUUGAAAGAAAACGUUAGUGGAAUAUGGGUGUUGUGCAUACAACAUAAGCUAUAUACUAGGUUUUGCCCUUCCCAUUUUGAUGAAUUCUAGAGCUUCUUCCCCUUCCUUUGGGGCCUGUAUAUUUGUCUAGUAAUUUAUGCUAUUAAAUCUUGCAAUCCAAGGAUGAUGGCACAACUGAAAUUUCUGAA